GGCUGCUUUUCCCAGCCGGCGCCGGCGCCUCAGAGCCCAGGGGGCAGCCGGAGCGAGUGGAGCGGAGCGGAUCGGCGCGGCGCUCUCGGGGGUCAGCGCGCCUCCUCAGGGACCGGGACCCCGGAACGAGCGGGGCGGGCGCCGCUCGGAGGACUUGAUCUGGGGCUGCGCGUCUCCCAGCCGCCCCCACGGAGUGGGGGAAGGAGGGGACCCGACAUCCUCGUCCAGCACAGCCCGGCCGGACCCAGCCCAGAGGCGGUUGCCGAGUGUUUGAUGGCCCCGUCAGCUCCCAGCCGUGCAAGCGCGGACCCCGGGCUGAUCGCGCCCUGGCUGCGCUGAUUGCAGCUCCGGCCCCUUGGCUUCCCCUGUGCGGGACGCCGCGCCGCGCGGGGCGGCUGCUGAGAGCGUGCCCUGGGGGAUUGCUGCAGCGCUAGAGCCCCGACGCGACGGGUAUGGGCGCGCUGUAAAAAAAAAAAAAAAAAGCCGCCCCCAUUUUCGAAACCCCUCCCGUAGCUUCUCUAGCUGCGCCGGCGGCGGAGGUGGUGGGGGCCAUGGGGAACAUCUCCUCCAACAUCUCCGCUUUCCAGUCGCUGCACAUCGUCAUGCUGGGCUUGGACUCGGCCGGCAAGACCACCGUCCUCUACCGGCUCAAGUUCAACGAGUUCGUCAACACGGUGCCUACCAUCGGCUUCAACACCGAGAAGAUCCGGCUGAGCAACGGCACGGCCAAGGGCAUCAGCUGCCACUUCUGGGACGUGGGCGGCCAGGAGAAGCUGCGGCCGCUCUGGAAGUCCUACAGCCGCUGCACCGACGGCAUCAUCUACGUGGUGGACUCGGUGGACGUGGACCGGCUGGAGGAGGCCAAGACCGAGCUGCACAAGGUGACCAAGUUUGCCGAGAACCAGGGCACUCCCUUGCUGGUCAUCGCCAACAAGCAGGACCUGCCCAAGUCCCUGCCCGUGGCCGAGCUGGAGAAGCAGCUGGCGCUGCAUGAGCUCGCCCCCUCCACCACCUACCACGUCCAGCCCGCCUGCGCCAUCAUCGGCGAGGGUCUCACCGAGGGCAUGGACAAGCUCUAUGAGAUGAUCCUCAAGCGCAGGAAGUCCCUCAAGCAGAGGAAGAAACGAUAACCGCCAGGCCAAAACCCUGCUAGCCUGAAACAUUGCCGGGCACGCCGGCCUCCCUAGGUGCCCCCAAUGGGCGCCUGUGUCUAGAUGAGCGCUCGGCUCCCCAUUGCCUUUCAUUGGGUCUCCACUGCUGUUAACUUGCUGGCAGGACUAGGAGGUGGAUGAGGCUGGCGUCUGGGUGAAGAGGCUGCUGUAACCCCUCCCAGGACGACCAGAUCAGCUGGCAUCUGAGCUUGGGAGGGAAUUGCCUUUUCCUUUGAAAUCGGAGGAUUUGCGGUGGAGCUGGAUGCAACAGGGCUGGCCCCUGUGAAACUGAGCUUGGAUUUGCUCCUGCCUGUGGAUCUUAAGGGGGUGUGUAUUUCGGGGGGGGAUAAUGUUUCAGGAGGCAUUGGGUGCUGAGGCAUCUGUUUGUGGUUAGAAAGCUGCGGUAGGAAAUCACAGGCAGAUACAUCUUGCUGAAUGGCGGGUAGGUAAGGUGAGCCUCUUGGGAGAGCUGCUUUUCAGGUUGCACCAGAUCUCCCCUCCCCCUCCCCCCCCUUUCGAUUCAGCCCAUGUGCGGAUCAUUAUCACACACAAAAUCAGACCAACAAAACUAUGAAGCCCCGGAAUGAAGGAAUGAUACACUACUGCUUGCAGUAGCUGUGUGUGUUUAAUGGGAGUGCCCAGUUGUUUCAGCUGAGGGUGCCCAUCCUCUUUUAAAAACAAAGUCUACCCAAGGACAGACCUGUAUUGAUCCACAGGAGAUUUAAAGCUGUAUGGCCAGCUCCAUGGCUUGUAACCACCUGUUGACUGGUGCUGAGUUCUAAAUUGUUUGCGAAAAGGGGUUCUGUGUGAAUUUUGCCAUGAAGGGUUCUCAAGCAUCUUUUCAUUUUCAAAGGUGGCUUUUUUUUUU